AUGCCCGAAAGGUCAAUUCGCAUUUACCCAAAGGAUUGUCCCUGGAUGUCAGUUAGGCUAAAAAAGCUUAUACGCAUGUGCCAACAAGCCUUCUGUUCCAACAGGCAUGGCCUGGCAUAUAAGUUCUAUAGAAACGCUGUUAAUAAAGAAAGGAAACUAUGCCAAGGGAAAUACUACGCUUCCAAAGUCCAAGAUCUUAAAGGUGUAAGCCCUCGUUCGUGGUGGGAAGAGGUUAACAAGCUUAGUGGCGCAAAGAGUCAGAAUGUGAACCUACUAAACGCCCUAAACGUCCCGGACUUGGAGAAUUUGUCCGCGCCUGAAAUCGCCAACGGUAUCAAUGAGGCCCUAUUAAAACCGUUGCGUCAAUUUUAA